AAGCGUAUGUAACAAAAAAACGGUAAGGUCAAACAGAAUUUUUCGAUCAGAAACAUUUAGCGGGAAGCACUAAGACAUUCAUUGAGUUUCCAGUAUAUUUUGUGAAGCAUAAUGGCGUUUGGAAAAUGAUGGGUCCGUUUCUGUGGCAGACGAAAAGUUCAGACAGUUCUCUGUACCGUUGGCUCAUUCUGUUGGUAUUCUUUCUCGAAGAGUCACAGCCACAAAAAAUAUCAUUACCUCCGCACCGAUCUUCGCACUCAGUAAAGCUUGGAGGACAUGUGACAGGAAUUUAUCCCGAAGGAACAGAUCUCACAUUACUCUGUGAAAGUUCUAGUACUUCUAGGAUAAAGACUAUAACAUGGGUCAAGAACGGUGCCACAGUCACACCAAAUUCCAAGCAGAUGAUAUCUUCGGACGGGAAAAAAUUGAUGCUCAAAAAAGUAAAGUUUGCUGAUAGUGGCAAAUACGCUUGCAAUGUUACAGUGGACGGGAUGGCGGCAGUGACAUCAAAGGAACUCAAGCUCUGGGUAGGAAAAAAACCGGAAAUCACUGGUUAUCCACCGGAAGUAAUGCAAUUUAUGCUGUGGAAGCAGAAUAUUUUUUUGACUUGCAUAGGAGAGGGAGUACCAUAUCCACGAGUAAAAUGGUACUUCAGUGGAGGGCCCAAUGAGUCGCAAAUUGCUGUGCCAAACGACAAAACAAAUUUCUCCGUCUUUGACAACGGGACUAUGGUAAUAAGAAAAUUCAUACCAGCUGUCUACAAGUGUGUGGCCAUGAAUAUCCUGGGGUCUUCAGAGAGGACAAUUCACGUUCAAACCCCAAUGACAAUAGAAGUACAGAGAGAUGUCUUGGCAGUUCAGGGAUGGUCGUUCAAUUGGAGUUGCAGAGUUGAAGGUCUUCCCAAACCAAAAGUAUUCUGGGCGGAUAAAAAGAAAGAUCUAAUACGAGAAGGCAAUCGAUUUAUAACGAAGUUUCCGGAGGAACUAAGAAUUCGAGAUUUACGGAUGAGUGAUACUGGGCGGUAUUAUUGUGUCGCUUACCGUAAUGAGACUCGUGAAUUCAAAUGGACCGAACUGAGGCUGAACGUUUAUGAAACUGACAGCCUCACAAUCAAGUCCUCGCCCAAGAAUAUUACACACGCGUUUAUUGGGAAAACGCUAACGCUUAGGUGUGAAUUCGACAGUAAAGCACCGUUAACCAUCAAGUGGGGCAUAAAAGGAUUGGAAGAGUUUCCAGAUUAUUAUAGAAUGCAAGACUAUGGCUCCAAGUUUGAAAUAACUGAUGUGGGGGAAUCGGACAACGCCCAGUAUUACUGCAGCGCAUCAAAUGGUUUCAAAACCGUCACAGUUUACACUCAUUUGUCAACGUAUAAGUCUACGGAGUGGAAUCCAAGCAACAUAACAGUGUAUGUAGGAGGCUCAGUUUGGUUUCAUUGUGAUGCACAAGAGACCCCUCGAUUCCCAUUCAAAGUUGCGUGGCUUAAAACUGGACAGGGAAGUAAAAUGCUCGACAAGAAAAGGUUCCAUGUUAUUGCGAACGGCUCCAUCCACAUAACUGAUAUUCGGCUUAGCGACGAAGGGAAGUAUUUCUGUAUGUCUAACACCAACUUAAGACAGACCUUUGGUACACGGUAUCUUCUAGUGAGAGAAAACCCCAACGGAUCAGACGCGCACGAAACACCACAUCUAGUUUCAGCCGCGCGCAAGGAGUUUCGAAGUCAUUUUUCUGUACUGAUUCUCGUGAUAGCAGUGAUUUAUACCUUAUUUCUUUGACAUGCAGCUGUCACCUAAAUGUUUUUACUUCCACACCUUUAAAAGCAGCCGACCUCGAGCUACUCACAGCUGUACUCAUAGGAAUGUAAUUAUAGUUGGCUGCGGCAUCCUUUUCCGUACUCGAUAGGGAGAGGUAAGGGUUAUUAGGGUUAGAUUUACCAUGAUCUUGGGGUGAAGAGAAAAAGCGGUAAACUUUUUAUUGCUCUUAUCUACUCGUGCAAGUGCUGAAACUUACGUAUAGUGGAAUCAAAACAGGAACAAAGAAGAAAUGAAUUGUCCAAAUGUCUUUAUUUUAACCGCGUGAGUCACUAAGGAUUUUUUAUUUUGCCUGAAAUAUAUCUAAGGUUGAGGGUGUCAUGACAGACAACCCUUAGAGAGCAGAGAACUUAAAUGUAAGCUUAAAAAUACAUCGACAAAUAAAACUGAUAAUGAGUUUAA